AUGUCCAACGACAGAACCCUUCCCCAGGAGAUCCUCACCGAUGUGCUCUCUCAGCUACCCGCCAAAUCCCUUUGCCGAUUCAACUCUGUUUCUCCCUCCUGGAAUUUCCUAAUCUUUGCCACACAACCCACCUCAAUUGAACCAACAUCGAAAACACUCAAUAUCUCUAUCCGAAUAAGAUCAUUAUGUCCACCUAUCACGAUCGCCGACAUAAAUCAAACAGCUACAAAGCUUGAUUUUUCUACGGCGAAACAACAUGACACCGUUGAGUGGGUCAGGGUAUGGGGCUCCUGUGAUGAUUUGCUUCUCGUUUCCGAUGAAGGUAACUCCAACUUCAUCUUGUUGAAUCCAUCCACCAGAGAAUGCAAGAAACUGCUGACAUGUCCUUUCUUCCACGCUCUGGUUGGUGUUGGUGAGUUCGUCGCUUACACUUAUGGCGUUGGUUACUAUUCCUUUAUCGAUGGUUACGAUUCCUGUACGGAUGGUUACGAGGUUGUGAUGCUUUCUUACUCUAGUCUGAGUGACAUAACGAUUGUUGCUGUUUAUUCACUGAGAAAUGAUGCUUGGAGGAGACUUCGAGAUUUCCCUUCUAUGCUCAUGCGGUAUACUUGUGGGGUUCUAUUUAAUGGGUGUCUCCAUUGGCUUGGUUGGAGGGCUGGUUCCUUUGCGAUUGUAGCUAUCGAUUUGUCCGAUGAGUUUUUCAGGAAAGUGCCGCUGCAUGUUGCGUUGGAUGCUUGCAAGAUCGGUUUAUUCUAUGAGUUGGUUGUUCUCGGGGAUUGUCUCUGUUUGGUUUAUAGGCAGCUUAGUUACUAA